GGGGCUGCGCUGAGCGCCGGCGCGCUGCGACCGACGGGCGUGUGCCCGGGCAGGCGGGCGGGUGGCGGAGGCCGCGGCGGGAGGUAGGGCUUACUUCGCUGCCGGGCUGCGGGCGCGGCCCGGGGAGGGCCGGCCUGUUCCUGCGGCGGCGGCGCUCCUGGCCCCGGGCUCGCAGCCGCCCCGCGGCAGGGCUGGGCCCAACGGCUGCGGGGAGGCGGGUGGAGCCGCGGCUGGGGCCGGGGCGGUGCGCUCGCACGCGGUGGUGCUGCUGCCGCGCGGUGGACCUGUUGGCCAGGGGAGCCCCGUGGAGGGGUCCCGGCUGCCCGGGGGGCGAGGGGCCGGGGCCGCGGGCUGGUCGUGUCUCCCCUCCGCGGGGAGCAGGGGCUCGGGGCGGCGGGGCGGGGCGCGGGCGCUCAGUGCCUCUUUCGUGCAUCGUUGCUUUAUUUCGUGUUCUCGCACGCUUGUUUUCCUCAGUAGUGCCCAUUCUGAAAGGGAAAAGUUCAACUGAAAAAUAUCUCACCUUUUGCUCCUUUCUCAUGUAGAAGUGGCUGACAUGGCUUGAUAACCCUUGCAAAAGGCCAUCAGAGCAUCCCUAAUUGAAAGCUGUUAAAAACCAUAACCCUGACAUCUUUUUUUUUUUUUUUAAACCUGUCAUAAGCUUCCAUUUCCCGUUCGGUCCCAUGUAAGAUUUCUAGUGGUCAUUUUCACUCUUCAGCUGUUACCACUUUUUGGUUGUUGCAACUGUGAUGGUAAGCAAAAGGGAUCAGAUAACUGCAUGGACGAUAGCUCCAUUAAGGACUAAUGAAAUAGGUUGGCAGAUCUUCCAUCCCUGAUGGAACCAUUCUGGGUGGCUGGGAGCAGAGGGGAAUGGCAGCCCUGUCCUCCCCAAACAGUUUCUCCAGUUCCCGGUGUUGGAGGCAGACAGCUGGGGCCAUCGCCUGGGUGCCCUGCAGGGCAUUGCACAGGUUCUGAGAGUGUGACAGAGGGCACGGUGCUUUGUUGUAUUUUGAAAUACCUGUUCAGUUUCACUGUUCUCCAAAAACCGCUCCUAUGUUUCUGACAGCUUCACAGUUCGCACUGCAUUGAUAAAACUCUUGUUUGUAAGCUUGGCUGUGCAACAAUGAAGAUAUCACUGCUUUAGCGAGGAGAUGGUGAAUGGUAAUCCAAGCAGGAGUGUGGGGACUUGCUAGGGUGGCGAAACACAAAAGAGGCUCAGGAUGUCUGUAAUUCAGCAAGGGACAGCAACACUUCGCAAAGCAAAGAAAGCUGCUGUAAAAACAUGUUUAGAUAACCCCUUUGUUUUAGAGUGGAAAACCAUCGACGGAGAAGAUAUGCAUUUUAUACUACAGACCUUAGAAGAAAGGAUUAAACAUAUUGGGCUUAAAAAGGUUGAGACCCCAAGAAUAAAAAAACGUUCCCUUACAAAAAAACAAAUGGAAAGAAAGUGCAACACUACCACCAGUGACCUCCCCAAGGAAGAGGAUGCAGAAGGCCAUCGACAAAAAACGGGGUGGACUGACACAAGUAUCAGAAGACAGCUUGCUAUUGGAGUUAAUGAAGUUACAAAAGCAUUGGAAAAAGAUGAACUACUUCUCUUGCUGGUGUGCAAGUCUGCAAAGCCUGCCAUGAUCACAUCGCACCUCAUUCAGCUGAGCGCAAGUCGAGCCACACCAGCAGGGCAGGUUCCCCGCCUCAGUGAAACUAUCGCACCACUUCUUGGCUUAACAUCCGUUUUAGCACUAGGCUUUAAAAAGCAGUCUGAUAAAUUUACAGAAGCAAUAGCAGCAAUAAUUCCCAAGAUACCAGCUUUGGAAGUGCCGUGGUUUCAGUACAGAACUGAAGCAGCUGUGGAUUUUGCUCAUACAGGUUCUUCAGAAAAUGAGGAACCUGAGCAGCAACCUGAGGCGCUGGGGGAUGAGUUCAUGAGCCAGAAGCGGAAGCGUAUGGAAAGCAAUCUUUCAAAUGUAAUUUUGCAGCCUAUGAAAAUCAAGAAACUUGUCCCAAAUCCAAAUAAGAUAAAAAAACCACCUCGCAAAAAGAAGAAAGUUUUUUCAGCAUAACUGAUUUUUUAAAUGCAGUACGGAGUACAGCUCUAACUGAACUAUCUUGUUAGGCUUUACAGUGUAAAGCACUUGAAUACAAGGUGAACGUGAUGUUGCAUUCAGUUGAGGUACUUUCUGCUUUAAUAAAGAAUAUUGCUCAAA